UGCUGCUCUGAACCUAGUCCAGAUUAACAGAAAGCUGCGUGAGCUGCUCUCCUGGACAAUUGAACUGCUCUCUUUAGUAAAAGCUGCUCCUGCACCCACUGCUGUUCAUCUGAAGGAUUUACCUGGGUUUAGGUCAAGUUCCGAUGUUGGUUCCUGGAAUACUCUGUUAGAUAAGGUUGAAUAUCUUGGACAUCGAGCUGAUGAGCUUCUAACAGAAGCAGAGUACGCAAGAUCCUGUACACAAAAUAUUGGAAAAAUGAGAGAGAUAUUAGUGGAUAUCGGAGAGGGUCUAGCUCAGCUAACCGACCUCUACCUGGAGACUAGACUAGCACCAGUAGCGAGAACCAUCAGAUUAUCAGCUGUUCAUUCAAAUAUACAGUCUUGUUUGAGGUUGCUGGUUGGGUUUGGAGGAUUAGAUUACUCUGAGAUAUCCUUGAUACUCUCCCGUCUAGAUACUGUUCGAUCCCUGGUUGCUCUAGCCGUCUCAUCACAGAGCAAACAUUUACGGAUUCUUGCUCUUAGAGCACUUAGCUCAGUUUGCUCUACACAGGAGAUGAUAAGAGAUUUAGAGGAUUGCGGGGGAGUUGAAGUAGUUUGCGGUUUCCUCACUUCUAUACCUUGUACACAAACAAAGGUUGAAUGUGCUGGGAUUUUGGCACAAAUUACCUCCCCCUGGCUACUUCAAGAUAAGAGGUUAUCUCCCAGUUUUCGAACCUGGAUUCCUCAAAUCAUUUCUGGUCUUGUAAACCUACUCCAGCAGUACUCAAACCCUCUUGAAGAAUCUACCAGUAGUUGUGAGCACCCUGAGCAGCAAGGAUCUCCGUCCCGUCCUCUCUCCCCUCUAGAGCUAGAUGGGGAGCAGCUGUUUCUAAUCUAUGCUGCUCUUUCCCAUCUAUGCUGCUUGGAACCUGAAUCCACAAAACUGCUGAUUAAAGAGAAUCGAAUUCGAACUUUAAUAUUUGAGGUAGGACGGAAGAACUUGAGCUCUGUAAACCUUGUGGAGCAGUUGAUUAACAUCCUGGAGGAGCUGAGCAGAACGGAGAAGGAGAGGAUGAGGACGGAUGAGAAUAUUCUCCGGUUUCUCCUAAACCAGGUUCAGAACGAGGAUCACAAGUUUCAGAGAAUUCGAAAUAAAUCCGCGUCAAUACUUACUAGUCUUGCCAGUACACCCUCGGUGUUCAAUGAUGUUCUUCUGAGCGGUCAGUUGGCGCAGACUGCUCGGCGCGCUAGUCGUCGGUCACGUGUCGUGACCAGUCCCUUGAAUAAAUCAAAGAAAACUCUCAGUCAGUCUGAUCAGCUCGCUAGCUCCCACUGUGUUGAACGCCGGACCAGUCCUGGAUCUAAACAAGUUGAACGGCGGGCUAGUGUCAUAUUGAAGCCAGAUGACCGGCGCGCUAGUUCCACUUGGAAUUCAGUUGACCAACUUGCUAGUAGUCCACUCCUGGCGACCCAGUGUGGCCGAUUAAUGCAAUCUGUUGGGAACUGUUCUGUUUACAGUUUUUUAAAUGAAACUAUACAAUUGUAGACAGCUAUAGACAUAAGUCUGCAUGUAGACUUGAAGAUUUGAAGAAAUAUAAUAGUAAUAUAUAUGCUUCACCGAUCAAUAUA